AUGGGAAAGGGAGCAAAGUCCACCGUCCAUCACUGUCCCAUGAAAAGCAAGGGCGGAUGCCGUCCAGCACUGGGCGGUCCUAAGAACCGACGCUACUGCAGCACACACCAAACAUUCUGCGCUACCCCAUCUUGCAAACACAUCUUCCCAUUCCUCAAGACCACCGACGUCUGCAACAGCUGCGGCUCCUUCCACGAAGACAACAUCAAGGCACAGAAGGAAAAGGAAGCCGAAGAAAAGUACGCCAACAGCAAGAAGAAGUAA